CAGCCGCCUGCGAAAAGCUCAAACUUAUCAGAUAACUGAAGAAUUCCGUUGCCAUAAACCUUCCUAAUGGAGAUAGACCCCAAAACUGAUUCUGGAGAUGACGCCCUCGUUUUGGUUAAGCAAGGAGCUGAAGCUAGAGUUUUCGAGUCGGUGUUCGCGGGAAAAAAGUCCAUCGUCAAAGAGCGUUUCUCCAAGAAAUACAGGCAUCCUUCUCUCGAUUCCAAGCUCACUCUCAAGCGCUUAAACGCGGAAGCUAGGUGCACGACAAAGGCGCGGCGGCUUGGCGUUUUGACUCCGGUUCUUUACGCCGUCGAUCCUGUGCUCCAUACCCUGACUUUCGAGUACGUGGAAGGGCCUUCCGUCAAAGACGUUUUCCUCGGAUUCGGGUCAAACGGCGUUGUUCAAGAACGUUUAGCCGAUAUAGCCACUCAAAUUGGCGACGCAAUAGGCAAACUCCACGACGGUGGACUUGUUCACGGUGACCUCACCACGUCAAACAUGUUAAUCAGAGAUGGAACUAAUAUGCUCGUCCUUAUCGACUUCGGUCUUAGCUUUACAUCAACGCUCCCAGAAGACAAAGCAGUCGACUUGUACGUGCUGGAGCGAGCUUUGAUUUCAAUGCAUUCUUCGUGUGGGAAUGUGAUGGACCUCAUACUUGCUGCAUAGAAGUCGUCGAAGCAGUGGUGUUCCACAUUGAACAAGCUAGCUCAAGUUCGACAAAGGGGCCGCAAGCGCACAAUGGUUGGAUGAGCCAUAGAUGGACCAUAAGGUAGGGGAAUCGGUUAAUCUUUUGAUUUAAUGCAAUGGAGAAGAAAGGUGGUUAGUAAUUUAGAAUCACUAUGUUAUAGUUCCUGUAUAUUGCUCUUGUUUGGAUCAUUGGACUUGAUCAUGGUGUAUAAGUACAUUAUUUGUUUCAACUUGGGGGAAUUCUGUAUUCUAUUUAGCUUUU